CGCUUUCCCCCCAACCCAACUCCUCCAUCUCAACUUCUUCAACAACCAAACACCAAACCAUCGUCGGCGUCAACGGUCUAGGGGACUGCUGCUCUUUGUCAUUCUUUUUCCAACAAAACCCAUUCUUUCCUUCACAACCCCUUGGUUUCGACUUCACUCUCUUAGUCGACUCCGUCCAGUCUUUUUUCCCUUUUCACGCAGAUCCCCACCGACCACGACGCUGUUUGGACAAACCGGUAUAUCUUGGGUAGAUUCUUGAUCCAGAAUCCCGACAUAUCCAUCGUUUAUAGGUAGCUUUUGAAGAAGCAUUAUCGAGUGCCGCGACCAAUCUCACACCGACGACAUUCGUUCUACCAAGCGUACAUAUACCCGUACAACACACUCAUACACCACAUACCACCACAUAUAAGCUACACUCUUUACAUACACAAACGUCCAAAUGGAGUCACUUAGAAGCUUUGCUCGCCGCACCGUCGAUGAUGAGUCGUCCAAGGACCACAUUGUCAACCUAAUGAUCGCCCUCUUGGCGCUCGUCUUUUGCGCCCUUCUGUCAGUCACCAUUCUCCUGCUCCUCAAGAGAAUCAAGCAAAAGACGCCCGGGCACAGCGAGGGUCUUCCUCAGUACCGCGACGACCAAAAGCAUUCCAGUAAUCACCGACGUCUAACGAUCUCGACCGGGCCCGGCGCCCCCCGGUCCAGCGUCAUUGUCUUCAAGGAUGGACAGCCCAUGCUGGCCAACCCUGCUUCCCCUCCUCACUCGCCCGACAACGUUCCCGAAAUCCACAUUACGUUCCCGGAUGAGCAGGAUGACCAAGGCCGCCGCCGCAGCGGUCGUGUCCUGGUUGUCAGACUUGGAGAGUCGACCAUUGGCCUCGAACCCCGCCAGGAUGAGCAGCUCCCCGCGUACGAGAAGGAAAGCAACUCGCAGUUUGUCUCGGUCGAUAUCGAGAAGAUCGGCGGCCUCAAGGAGAAGGAGUACCGUUAAAGUGUAGAUAUAAACGGCACAAGUUGAUGAAAAAGAAACAAGACCGACCUGGCAAAUUGAAGAGCUUGCUGUGCUCCUUUCUUUCUUUUCGGCACAUGAGGCUUCUGUUGGGGUUCGCUGUUGCAUUGAUGACUUUUUCAAGUUUCGGAGUUUCAAGGCGUGUACAGGAAACAUAGGACACUACCGCACGGCGAGAGCUGUUUACUUCUUUCUACAUUUCAAAAAGGGAACAAGGUCUAAUUCCGCGCGCUGGACGAGGCUUGCCCGCCAGAGGGGCGUUCGAAAGAGAUGGGACAACACAUCAGGGGAGAGGCAGGCCUGAAGCGUCACAGCACAUGUUGGUUCUCCUGGGUGCCCCUGUACAUUGUGCACAUAUUAGCCACGCCGCAACUUGGGCCCCGCACUCUUGACUUGGGAGGUUCUCUGUUGAUGGAUCUUGUGGGAAAAGAAAGCGGCUAGUUUCAAUUGCGACGUAUUUUGUCAUUGGGAAAGCGAGAAGUUGGAAAGAGUGGUUGACAUGGCUACCUCUUUUUUUGCCUUGUGCAUGCAUCAUCGCUAUUCUAGUAUUGUGUAAUUUCUAUUCGAAGCUCUGUCACUUGGCCGAGUUUGUUAACGUCUCCUUUGUUUAACCGCCAUAGAGAUGAUAUUAAGAUCAGGACCACUAGAGAAAAAAAGGCUCACAGAACGCAGCCAUGGAGGGUUCUCAUAUUCUUGUAUAUAGUUUUUCAUCAGACUCGGACGGCCUUUUAUAAAUAUACCCUACUCUGCCUCCGCAGAAGAC